AUGGGUCAAGAAGAUGAACAAAAGCCAAAAGGUGAAUCAUCCCACGAGCCGACCCCUGCUCUGCUAGAAAAACAACCAGAGGGUGACAAAGGAGCAGAAGAAAAGAAGCCAGAAAAAACAGAGAUAACAGAAGAAGACAAGGAUUAUAAGAUCUACCCUGGAAAGCUUGAAAUUACAUGGGGCGACAACCAAAGUUACUGGAGUUUACCAGAUAAAACGUCAAAAGAACCGGCAGAGCUAUCUAAGGUGUGUUGGCUUCAGGUAACCGGUAAAACAAAAGUAAAAAGGGGGAAGUCAUAUGAAAUAGAGUUCAACAUAACUUUGAAAGCUGACGGCUUUGGGUGGAAUGGCCUCCCACUUUUUCUGAUGGCUAAGAUUGGGGCAAAGGGAAAAUCCAUAUGGAAAAAGAUUAAGCCACUGGAGCAGACUACACCUGGUAAUCCAUUUGAUAUUCCUAAGCCUGAAGAAGAGUUCAUCGUUAAAAUUCCAGAUGGUAAAGGUGACGAGGAGCUUUCUUUGGUUUAUAUGAAAUUUGGAGUAACAAAUGGAAGAAAGGAUUGCUUAUUGAUCAUGCAACUGUUAAAGAAGUAAGCGAACCGAAUUAAGCUUUUGUUUGUGCUUAGCAAAAUGUUGCCAAAUAAAUGGAGACUAGAAGACAAAAAGAUAAACUAGCAUUUCGUGCACUGGUAACGUUUGUUAUAUUUUGUGUUGUUUGCCAAACAUAUAUUAAUAAAGUCAUGUU